AUGUCCAGCAUAUUCUCCAAGAGCUCCAAGAGCACCCGCACCGACAGUGUCCCCAGCGACACCGCCUCCACACAUUCCACCGUCUCCACCGCAACAACACUCAAGGGCCUCGAGUCACCCAAGAAGAAGUGGUUCUCGCUUCCCAAGACCGAGCCCGCAUACAUCAACAAGUCGGAUGAGCAGUACGCCAAGAAGGCCAUACACAACGAGGCCAUCGCGAGCUAUCUCAGCAUUCGCUAA